AUGGAUGCAAGUCGGGAUUCCCGAAUUGAUUUCAAGAGAAACGAAACGCUGGGCAUCGAAAGAGUCAUCACUGAUAAUAGAAUCAAAAACAAGCGAGGUGUUGGCAUCGCAUCCCCACUGCCAUCACGGUUCAUAUUGUACCGCGUAAACCCUCAAUACCUGAUAUCGACUGGCAUUCAACAUGGCUUAAAUGCUGCGUCUCCGAAAACUUCCUCUAUCAUUACCACCUGCAAACAGACCAGGUUUCAUGUGCGGGAUGAUAAAGAUGCAAGAGAGAUCGAUAUAGAAGACCUGAAUAUAACCAUCGUCCCAAUUGAUCCCAACCCCUCAACUGCAUCUGUGUCAGAUGCGACAAAAAGCAAACCAGCCAAAUCUCGUACUAAAUCGAAAACCAAAAAUGACGGAAUUGAAAUUCUGUCCAUUGCAGACCUACAUCUCAAUGCAAGUGUUCACUCUGGGUUCGUGGGAAGGAACAGGACGGGAACGUCUACGAUUUUGCGUGCAUUUGUUGAAAAACUUAUUCCUGGUAUCCAUGAUAAUUUGCGAGUAUCUAUUCUCCAACACAUUGAGGAUGGGCCGGUCUCAUCUGGCAAGCUUUGCAAUGACAAAAUCCCGGAAAAGUCUGGUGGGAAUACGAUCUUAAAACUGAUUGAGCCUAAACACUCUGUGUUUCUUCUCAACAUGAAAGUGCUCUCGCAUGCUUUAGAAGAGACGGAGGAUCCCUGGGGACCCAGGAGAGCAACCCGACAGCUUCGCCAUGAGGAGCUGGAACGAGAGUUGCAUGAGAAGAGCAAAGACGAAGGUAGUCCUUCUGAGUUUCAGGAGGAGACGCAAGGAGCAGUGGAUCUCCUGAAUGAAUUGCGAUGCCAAUACGAAGCGAUGAAAAUUAUCGACAUUGAGGCAGAAGCGCGAAGGGUGCUCCUAGGCGGCUGGCGCAUGCGUUGCAUGUUCGCUGGAAUCCUGAUCCAGAAAACAGAAAUCAUGAUUCUCGAUAAGCCUACCUAUUUUCUAAACCUAUUGGGCGUCGUUUGGCUCGAGAAUUGUUUUUCUCAUUUGCGAAAGGUGGGCAAUGACAGGAUCAUGCUAUUUGUAUUCCAUGACAGAGUCUUCCUGAACAAUGUCUGUGAGGAAACAGUCAUAUUGAAGGAAAAGACGUUGUCAUACUUCAAGGGCAACCUUUCGGCGUACGAAGAGAAUUUGGGUGCCCAGAAGCUCUUCUGGGGUCGGAUGAAAGAAGCGCAGGAUCACCAAAUUGCGCACAUGGAAGCAUGGAUACGAGACAAUAUAAAAAUGGGCAGGAAAACUGGUGAUGAUGGCAAACUCCGCAUGGCUAAAUCUCGUCAGAACAAACCGAGUCGGGAUAAUGAGUCUCAAUGGGAGUGGGAAAACAAACUUUGGUACGGGUCCUUGUUAGGCUCAAUGCAGCCGUCGCAGGGUACUGUGUCACGACAUCCUAGAGCAACCGUCGGUUACUACUCUCAACAUUCCGUGGACGAACUCAAGGCAGUUGGCCAAUCUGAACCUGGUGAAACGGGGCUUUCACUGAUAUCCCGGGAUGCUAACAGGAAACUUGUGGAGGGUGAAGUUCAUAGUUUGCUGAGUUUAUUAGGUCUACAAGGCAGGACAGCAUCAGAUGUCCCCAUUCCACAGUUAUCAGGAGGCCAAUUGGUUCAUCUGGCGGUGGCCAGGAUUGUGUGGAAUCUGCCACACUUUUUAGUCCUGGACGAAAUCACAACCCAUCUUCAGUUCCAUACUGUGUUGUUGAGGGGUAAACGAAAUCUCACUCAAUCUGGCCACGCGGUGACGGCGGAUACGACCGUGGAACUGGAUGAAGACAAAUCCAGGCGGCGGGCUGUGUAUGUGUUAAAGCGAGGCAAAUUGGAUGUCCAGGAGAACGGCGUGGAACAGUUUGAAAAGAGUCUGCAGAAGCAGGUAGUGAAGAUGAUGCCUGGGGAUUUUAUAGAGGUUGCUUCUUAG